AGAACAGAGUGGUAAUCACUAGCGAGCCUGUAGCAAGGACACAGCCGAGCAAGAUCCGCUUUUAUGCUGAGCUCUGCACUCUGCUUGCAGAUCAGUGCAAGCACACACACUCACACAUGCUCUUGCUUAAGGGAAACACUAGGCAUUUGGAGACGGAACUGUUGCACGUGCAUGUUAACACUCAGGCAGAGACGCAUGCUUUCUCACACACACACACACACACACACACACACACACACACACACACACACACACACACACACACACACACGUUCACAGAGGCAGGCACAUUUCUACCACCCAGCAGAGCAUUCCGAGGACAGGAGAAGGAAAAGUGACAGCAGCACCCUCUAUCCACUCAGAUUCCGAGAACAAGCAUUCUCUCUCUCUGAACGGCUUCCUGUUUGUGGUCGGACACUCGUUUGAAGAGGAAGAGGAGAGAGAGCCCCCUCUGUUCAGCAGCAGCCUCCAUUGCCGUACCACCCUCAGGGAACGGCCACCGCCAGCGGAAUGUCCGGGGAGGGUAACCAUGGUAACCAGAAGGCCCAGUGCAAUGGAGUAAAGAAGCACAGAACGUCUUUACCAGCGCCCAUGUUCUCCAGGAAUGAUGUCAGCAUCUGGAGCAUCCUGAAGAAAUGCAUUGGCAUGGAGCUGUCUAAGAUAGCAAUGCCAGUGAUCUUAAACGAGCCCCUUAGUUUCCUGCAGCGGCUUACAGAGUACAUGGAGCACACGUACCUCAUCCACCAGGCGAACACCACCACAGAUUCCAUGGAGAGGAUGAAGUGUGUUGCAGCGUUUGCUGUGUCUGCUGUAGCUUCACAGUGGGAGAGGACGGGAAAACCCUUCAACCCACUACUGGGAGAAACCUAUGAGCUCAUCAGAGAGGACCUAGGGUUCAGGUGGAUGUCGGAGCAGGUGAGCCACCACCCCCCCGUCAGCGCCUUCCAUGCUGAGGGCCUGCAGGAGGACUUCCUGUUCCACGGCUCCAUCUACCCCAAACUCAAGUUCUGGGGCAAGAGUGUGGAGGCGGAGCCUAAAGGCAUCAUCAGCCUGGAGCUACCCAAAUACAACGAAGCGUACACCUGGACAAACCCCACCUGUUGUGUCCACAACAUCAUCGUGGGCCAGUUGUGGAUCGAGCAGUACGGCAAUGUGGAGGUGAUCAACCACAAGACCGGAGAGAGAUGCAGCCUGAUAUUCAAACCAUGUGGCCUCUUUGGCAAAGAGCUGCACAAAGUGGAGGGCUACAUCCUAGAUAAAAGCAAAAAGAAGCUCUGUGCCAUCUACGGUAAAUGGACCGAGUGCUUAUACACUGUGGACGCUGACACUUAUGAUGCUCAUAAGAAAUCUGACAAGAAGAACUCAGAGGAGAAGAAAAGCAACAUGCAGACCAGUGUAGAUGAGGAGCCAGAGGAGAUGCCCCUGCCUGACGGAGACACGGUCCAGGUCAUCCCAGGAAGUGAGCUGAUCUGGAGGAUAGUCCCCCGGCCAGACAACUCUGCAGAGUUCUAUGCUUUCUCCACAUUUGCCAUGCAGCUGAAUGAGCUGGAGGAAGGCAUGAAGGGGGUCCUACCCCCCACAGACUGUCGACUCAGGCCUGACAUCAGACACAUGGAGAAAGGAGACAUGGACUCGGCAAGUGCAGAGAAGAAGAGGGUAGAGGAGAAACAAAGACUGUCCCGGAAAAAUCGCUCCAAAUCAACCGAGGAAUGGAAAACAAGGUGGUUCCACCAGGGCACCAACCCCCACAACAAAGCUCAGGACUGGCUCUACUCCAACAGCUACUGGGAUCGGAAUUACUCCCUGCUGCCUGAUAUAUACUGACCUACAGGACACACACCACACACACACAUCUCUAUCUGUACACACCUCGUCUUAACUCGCUCUGCAAUUUUUAAUAUUCUGACACUGGAGCGUUGACAUUUUUCUCAGAGGGUUCAUUGAAGGGGGAGAAAGUGAAUCCUAGUCAGGUCAUGCGGUCAGGAAAAAUGUGUUAUGAUGUAGAUGGUGUGAACAUAGGCAAGGUCAAGGGAGAGUUCUGGCUUUAAUCAUUUCAAAGCCUGCUCUGGACCUGCUAUAGUCCUUUGCAUGGGUAAGGAUGAUGCUGGGAAUUGAAUGACCGUAAAGGCAACAACCAUUCAGUAGUCCCUAAACAUAUCUCCUAUGUCUCACUCAAAGCACAAUUGUGAAGCCCUCAUGAGUCUGUAAGCGAUGGUCAUUGACCAGUGUGUAUAGAAUUAUUAUAAAACUAUAGGGUGUAACCUGCCAGUCAUUUUAACAAUGGGAGUGUUUUGAAUGGAGUGGAUUGAAUGUGACACACCUCUUGAUGGGUCUCUAGUAUCUCUCACCAAAACACUUGUGAGAAUUAUGUCCAUUUGAAUGUGUUGUGCUCAGUUCUGUUCCUUACAAAUGUGUGCAGCUACAGUAUCAAUUUAAGGAAAAUAGAGCUUUCAAAUAGUGUGUGAAAUAGACUUGGACCUCAGCAACUAUGGCUGAGGACAUAAAUGUCUGUACAUAUUAUUGGAUAGAGCUCUUCUAUUCUUCUGAGCUGUAAUACAAUGUAGUACUUGAGGAAUUUAGGAUACUAUGUGUAGAGGAGAAUAGCUGUACUGUACUUAGAAUUAUGGCUCUUGCUUCCAUAACACUUGAGAACUUAAAGUUUGACUACUUGGCUCUAUAUGAAGAUAUUUUUACGUGUGUAAAGGUUUCCUCUAAAGUAAAAAUGUAAUUCUGGAUAUUCUGAGAGGUACAUGUAACUGUUUGAACUAACCCUAACACACUGAAUGCAAAUACAGUACAAGCACAACGUUGACUAUGCAAGCAUUAGCUGCACUACACCCACAGACACACAGUAAGCUUAUGUCCCAAAUGGCAUCCUAUUUCCUACAUAGCGCACUACUUUUGACCUGAGCCCAAUUGGGGGAAAGGGCACGAUUUGGGACACACACGGCCACUGUUCAACUCAUUCAUCCACUGCAAAACAUUCCUCUCCUUGGUUGUGAAUAGCUGCUGUUGUAACCUCGGUAAAGCGGUAGUUUAGAUUGGAUUAUCAGUAUAGUAGACUGGACCUAGCACACCCUGUGAAUGCAGUUUUAGCUAGAGGCUACUCUCACUUUGUGUUUAGCACAUUACAGAAUCAAGAUUGUUUCUAUUGUUGCUAAAUAAAAGCUUAAUGUUACCUUA